CACCCAUGGCCAGCUGCUGCUCCUCCUGCGACCGCCCCUCCCAAUGCAUGCUCGAUCCAAAUCUGCUGGUCCAUUCACAACUACCACUCCUCGUACUCUUGGCCCUCCACAGUCUUCUUCGUCCGCAUCAUCGUCCCGCGACACUUCUGCUGUGAGAAGGCCUCCGCUUACUCCCAGUGGAAGUGAGCCCUCCUUGAGCUCUUACGGUCAGCCGGAAUCAUCUCCUAGCCGUAUUCAAGACUUUCCACUAUCUUGCCCGAUUUGCAAUCAUUCCGCGGACACGUUACAGGCAUUAAAUGCUCAUCUUGACACUGAUCAUGCGGAGUUACCUUCUUCGCAGAAGGAAGGCUUUAGGUCAUGGUUCGAAAAGAACAUGGGUCGAGCACGAUCCUUCCAAACGACCAUGUUGCAGGAGAAACUUAGAGGUCUAGACUCUUUCGAUCGCGCAGGGUCUCUGGCAGGUCUUCUUGCUUUUGAUACUCCUAUUCCCGAGUUGACUUCCAUGUCAGCAUCUGGUGGUUAUGGUUCUUGCGGGACUGUUGUCCCAUCCUCAACCCCAAAUACUGAUACAGACGGUAAGGAGUACCUGUAUAUUGACUCCGCUUCAGCCGUCCAUCGGAACCAUACGGAAUCGUUCGUGGCACUCCGUCGAAAAGUCGUUGAUAAAUCUUAUCUUGAAUUGCGACGUCUAGAGAAGCGUCUACACAAGCUUCUCUCCCUUUUAUCAACGACCUACGAUCACGAUCCUUCGCCCAGGAUUAGCCUUUUACGCACGGUUACCUUAUCUCGAACGCAGCAAAAAGCCUUGGAACAAAGCGUAAUCAAGUGGGAAGACGAUAAGGCGGUCGUGAACUGCCCGAUAUGCCGCUCCAUGUUCUCCUUUUCUCGUCGAAAGCAUCACUGUCGGGUUUGCGGUCGUGUGGUCUGUGGAAGUCCUUCGACAGACUGCUCGUCCGGCGUUGAGUUUGCGGUCAAUGGUAAGGACGCUUUAAGUUCCCCGAUCAUCUUAAGGGUGUGCCACGACUGUAAAAAAACAUUGUUUGGCAAGAACGAUUUUAAGAAUCACUCGGUUACCGUGGCUCAAUGCAUCAAGCUAUAUGACAAUCUGCUCCAAUACAAGAGGGGAAUUGAAUCUAUGGUUCCAAGGUUUUACGAAGAACUUGACCGGAUGCAAGCAGUCAGGAAUCUUGAAUCCAAUCAUGAUCCACCUGCCGGUGAAGCAUUGCGGCUUCGCAGACGUCUCGUUGAUGCUUUUGCGCAGUAUGACGCGAUCUCUAAGAGAAUCCGUAAUCUACCUGCAGAGUCGCUGGCACAGGAGAAGCUUCAGAUAGCGAUACAUCAGAUGGCGACACAGUUCAUGAGCGUGAACCUUGUACCAUUACAGUCGGUCCAACGGAGUGCCGGUACACCUUUGACGACCAGUCAAGGGGCCGCUGUUGAUGAAGUUCAGAAUACACUUUCGGAAGACGCAGAGACUAAGCUGCGUGAGCAGCUCAUGGUACUCGAGGAACAGAGAUUUCUAGUGCAAGGAAUGGUAGAAGACGCUAAGCGUCAGCGUCAGCUGGAUGAGGUCGCGACGUUAACAAAGAGCCUCGAGGAGCUCGAUUUGGAAGCUCAGUUGACCGCACGUAAGCUUGCUGAAGGUGGUAUAGUAAUCAUUUAGUAAACGUCCAUCAACAGCUGCUCGUGUUACAGAGGCAACAGCAAGGAAACGUCUCGGAUUAAAAUAAUAUAUUUCCAGUAUCCCUGCC